UUUCCUGUUCUAUAACUUAUUUUUCGUAGUCCUUGCUUUCAUUCACCACAGUCACCAUUCCACUAACUACUUCUUACUUCCUUUUGAGAGCAUUCUCGUUCUUACUGUACUGCGUGUUCGUAAAGUGUCACGUACCACACAAAAAUGCGUUACCUCGCAUCAUACCUGCUGGCAGCUUUGGGAGGAAAGGACAAUCCUUCCUCUGCUGACCUGGAGAAGAUCCUGAAUUCAGUUGGAAUUGAGGUAGACAAUGAGAAGCUCAACAUUGUCAUCAGUCAGCUGAAGGGCAAGAACAUUGAGGAGCUCAUCGCCCAGGGGCGAGAGAAGCUCUCGUCAAUGCCAGUCGGUGGUGGUGCGGCAGUCGCAGUAGCAGGACCUGGAGCAGCAGCACCUGCAGCGGCCAAAGAAGAGGCGAAAGAAGAGAAGAAGCCCGCGAAAGAAGAGUCCGACCAGUCGGAUGAUGACAUGGGCUUCGGACUUUUCGACUAGGCUUAUUUGGUUUUUAAGGUCUUCUCUUGUUAAUAAUUUAAUUUGCAAUGUUUUUACUGUCUAAUUUUUUACUUGUUAUUGUUGGAAAAUAAAUUAUUAACAAGUGAA